UCCCCAACAACAACAGCAACACAAUGCCCAAGCCGCUCCCCACGUGCGCAGAACCGCACCUCGACAGGGUAUACAAGACGGCGCAUGGCGUAGAUAUCCCACUACGCAUCUUCCCGGCCGCGAAGCCGAGCGGGCCGUGGCUCCUCUGGCUCCACGGCGGCGGAUUCAUUGGAGGGAAGCACGCCACCCCUAACGCGUGGGUGGUCCCCGCGUUCCAUGGGCGCGGGUACACUGUCGUCUCGGCCGCGUAUCGCUUCCUCCCACAAGCGUCCUUCGGCGACAUCCUCACCGACGUGAAGGACGCGUUUGGGUGGUGCCGUGCAAACCUCGGCUCGAUAGUCCCCGGGACGAGCGUCGACAUAUACGCCGUAGGCGGCGACUCGGCGGGCGGCGCGCUGGCCUGUCUGGCAGGCCACGAGCUCUCGCCGCGCCCCAGGGCCAUCCUGAACCUCUACGGCCUCGUCGACGCGACCGACCCCUCGUUCCACGUCGCCAGCGGGCGCAAGGCCACGAGCGGGGCGUUUAGCCGCGAAGAGAUCGAGGCGGCCAUCCGCGACCGGGACCCCGCGAACGCCGUCACUAUCUGUCCUUGGGAAUGGGAGAUGGAGCCCGUGCUUCCGCUGGCUGAGCUGCGGCGAUGCUGGGGCAUGCCGGCCUUCGAAGUGACGGCCGCCCACCGGCUCAGGGGGGACAUGAACGCCGUGCUCGGCAGCGAAGGCCGGCUCGUCGACACGCUCGUGCGCCGGGAUAUGCUCACGGACGAGGCGUACCAGCGUGCCUUGGUCGACGCGAGCGCCGCCAAGCGCCCCUUGGGCCCAGAGUACCCCGCGACGUUCUUCCUCCAUGGCGACGCGGACGUCGUCGUGCCCGUCUCCCAGAGCAGGGAUAUGGCGGCUGCGCUGCGCGGGCUCGGUGUGCCCGUUGGCGAGGUUUACGAUGCCGCGGGGGGACACUGCUUCGACGUCGAGAUUGAGGGAGAGGAGGACGCCGGGUGGGACGUGUAUGUCGUCCCUGCGGUGCAGUUCAUCUGCGCGCAUGUAGAGGGUAGAGCUUCGAACUAGCAUGCAUGAGCGGGGGUGCAUGGCA